AUGGCACCUUCUUGGCUAUCUUUUCCCUUUCUUGUGUUCAUUGUAUGCACCACUUUGACGGUGACAGUUAGCCAUGCUGCCCGUGUGAGGGAACUUGGUGAAGCAGAGGCAAUAAGAAGAAAUUUGUUGGAUAAUGGCCUUGGUCAGACUCCUCAGAUGGGAUGGAACAGUUACAAUCACUUUCCCUGCAAGCUUAACGAAGAACUGAUUCGUGAGACAGCUGAUGCAAUGGUUUCGAGUGGAAUAGCAGCUCUUGGAUACAAGUAUAUUAAUCUAGAUGAUUGUUGGGCAGAACUGAAAAGAGAUUCCAAGGGGAACUUAGUGCCAAAGAAGACUAUUUUUCCGUCUGGUAUGAAGGCUCUAGCAGAUUAUGUCCACGGCAAAGGGCUAAAGAUCGGAAUUUAUGGCGAUGCUGGGACCCUGACUUGUGCCAAGACAAUGCCAGGGUCACUUGGUUAUGAGGAACAGGAUGCGAAAACUUUCGCUUCAUGGGGAAUUGAUUAUCUGAAAUAUGAUAAUUGUCAUAAUAAUGGGGUGAGCCCGCAAGAAAGGUAUUCAAAGAUGAGCAAGGCACUAUUAAGCACAGGCCGACCUAUCUUCUUCUCUCUUUGUGAAUGGGGUCAGGACAAUCCAGCAACCUGGGCAGCUGGAAUUGGAAAUAGUUGGAGGACGACUGGAGACAUCAAAGAUACGUGGGAUAGCAUGACAUCCCGUGCUGAUCAAAAUAAUGAUUGGGCAUCUUAUGCUGGACCUGGUGGAUGGAAUGACCCAGACAUGCUUGAGGUGGGCAAUGGGGGCAUGUCAACCGAAGAAUACCGCUCUCACUUUAGUAUUUGGGCUUUGAUGAAGGCCCCCCUUCUUCUUGGGUGCGAUAUCCGCUCCAUGGACAACGACACGUUUGAGUUGCUAAGCAAUAAAGAGGUUAUUGCAGUUAAUCAGGAUAAGCUUGGACUCCAAGGAAAGAAAGUAAAGAAAACUGGAGAUUUGGAGGUAUGGGCUGGUCCUUUAAGUGGGAAGAGGAUAGCAGCGGUCUUGUGGAACAGAGGAUCAUCAAGGGCUUCUAUAACUGCAGAUUUCAAGGACAUUGGACUCAAAUCAUCAGCAGUAGUCAAUACUCGAGACCUCUGGGCCAAUUUGCAGCAUUCAACAAUGACUUCAGUCCGGCAUCAACUUACAGUAACUGUUGAAUCCCACGCAUGCAAAAUGUUCGUCCUCACACCACAGUAG